UCGAAUGUGAGUAACAAAAAACCCUCCGAAAAAAAGAACAGUUCCGGAUAGGGUUUUAGCCUCUGGUCUCCAAGCAAUCUCAAGAGCUUCUUCUCAACGAUGAUCACCAUUUCAAUGGCGCUCAUUCACCAAGUCUGCUCGCCGUCCGUCGCACGUGCAUUACGCCCUCGCUGCGUCGCUGCCGUGCCCUCUCGGAAGUCCUCCACCUCCAUAUCCCCUCCCGCACGGGCUUCUCCCGAAUCUCCAAAAGUGCUCAUUGGCUUGUCGGAGGAGGAGCUCCAACAGUUGGCCGUAGACUUGGGCCAGGAGAAGUAUAGAGGGAAGCAGCUCCACCAGCUUAUUUACAAGAGGAAGGUCAAGGAAGUCGAAGAGUUUACCAACUUGCCACUGGCAUUCAGGAAUGGUCUUCAGGAAGCUGGAUGGAGAGUCGGCCGUUCGCCUGUUUACCAGUCUGUUACUGCGUCCGAUGGGACCGUGAAGUUAUUGCUUAAGUUGGAUGACAAUAGGCUGAUUGAAACAGUUGGCAUACCUGUGGAAGACAAAAACAGUAAAGGGUCAGUUCGCCUUACUGCUUGCAUCUCAUCACAGGUUGGCUGCCCACUGCGCUGUUCUUUUUGUGCCACUGGAAAAGGAGGGUUUUCUAGGAAUCUUCAAAGACAUGAAAUUGUCGAGCAGGUAUUUGCAAUUGAGGAAAUUUUCAACCAUAGGGUGACAAAUGUAGUAUUCAUGGGAAUGGGCGAACCGAUGUUAAACAUGAAAUCAGUGCUUGAAGCGCAUCGAUGCUUGAACAAGGAUGUUCAAAUUGGACAAAGAAUGAUUACAAUUUCUACUGUGGGCGUUCCUAACACAAUUAAAAGGCUGGCGUCUCACAAACUUCAGUCAACAUUGGCCGUCAGCUUACAUGCACCAAACCAGAAGCUUCGGGAGACUAUUGUGCCCAGUGCAAAAGCAUAUCCUCUAGAAGCAAUUAUGAAAGAUUGUCGUGAUUAUUUCCUCCAAACUAGUCGGAGAGUAUCCUUCGAGUACGCCCUUUUAGCUGGAGUCAAUGAUGCAGUAGAGCAUGCUGUAGAACUUGCAAAGCUUCUUCGUGAAUGGGGAGGUGGCUAUCACGUGAACCUGAUACCUUUCAAUCCCAUAGAAGGCUCCGAGUAUCAGCGUCCAUACAAGAAAGCAGUGAUGGCUUUUGUAGCUGCUCUAGAGUCUCACAAAAUCACUGUAAGCGUUCGUCAAACCAGAGGCUUGGAUGCCAAUGCAGCUUGUGGUCAGCUAAGAAACCAAUUUCAAAAGAACCCUUUGCUCGCCGACACCGACAGUAGCCAGUCUGAAUCAGCUGUAGCUGUUGCAUGUUGAUGUAAAAGUUCCCAGUCGUUUGCUAUGUUGCAUAUACCCGACCCGAUCCUUCUCUAUACACCUAAAGGCUGGAAGAACCAAUUUUUUUGUGGGGCGAAGGCACCUCAAGGAAAGCUUGAUAGAGAUGGAUAUGAAGGAUGGAGGCAGGCAGCAUAUCCAGGUCCGGAUGGUGCAUUUAUGAAAGUAAUCUAUUAGGGGUAUACCAAUGGUGGCUUGGCUUCUAAAUCUAAAUCAGUAGUCUCUAAGAAAGAGAGCGACAAAUCUGAAAGAGGCACGUGUUUACCUGCUUAUCCACUGCCUGGAAUUCUGCUUGGUAAAUGAUUUCGUUGCAUAUUUCCUUUUUGAACUUCUUAUUUGUGUAAGGCUAUCUACUCCCUGUUUAUUCAUAGAAUAUAUUUUGGUUCAAUAAGAUGUCAUUUAUUUAUAGU